CUAAAAAGUCAGCUCCUGUUGCUGUAUGUACUCUGACACUUUGCCAAGCAGAGGGGAAAGAAUCAAGAAGGAAACAAUAAGGUUGCAGCAUGAGCAAGACAAAAUUCAUCACCCCUGUGGGAUUUGCCAUAUCAUUGCUGUUCCACAUGACCCAAACUGAAGUCUGCCCUCCCUCCUGCAAUUGUAAGUCUCUAGGAGAAAUGAAGGGUUUGCAUAUCGACUGCAGCUCCAGGAAGCUGAUGGAAGUGCCUGCCUUGCCCGUUAACACCAGGAGGCUUUAUCUACACAACAACAGCCUGACCUCGGUUCCUCCGGGUGCCCUGGACAGCUUGCACAACCUGGAGGAAGUCAAAAUGUCUGACAACCCUUGGAACUGUGACUGUCACAUUCUGUACCUAAAACUCUGGUUAGAAGACAUCUCUGUGACCUCUCUUGCAACCGUCAGAUGUGCGACCCCGGCCGCAGUGAGGAUGAAGCCCUUGAGGCAGCUGACUGGGAAUGAGCUGGGGGUUUGCAAGAGGCUUCUCCCAGUCAAGUGCCUUGAGUUCUUUUGGAGAGACCUCAUUUUAAUUGCUGGAGCAAUAAUUACACUUAUUUUAGCAGCAUGGGCCCUGAAAUCCUCAAAAAAGCUGGUCUGCCAAAUAUACUUGAGCCGCUAUGACUCCAGGUACUGACUGCUGGGGAGGCAAAAAACCUCCUGCAACCAAAAGAUACAAUGAGCUGUCCACUACUACUAGCUUGAACAGAAACAACAAACUAUUCUACCACAAUAAAAAAGCCCAUGCAUUGGCAACACUUGGGUGAACAGGGGUGUUUUAGGGGUGAAAAUGCCUCAAACUGUGCCCAACCUAUGUCCUCAGAUAGGCAUGUUUGAUUUAAGUUGCUUUCAAAAACAACCACAGUGAUGCAGUGACAAGCAAGUUCCAUUCUGCUGCCCUCUGCUCACAUGAAAAGCAGUUUCUAAGGUUUAAAAAGUCACUUAAAUAAGUGUUUUUCCACUGAAGUCUCAGCUCUUAUAGCAGGAUUUACAUCCCCAAAUCCUGCACUUUCAAUAUAUAGAGAUGAACAUCGACUCUACAAUGUCAACAACUUUUCUUACUUGGAACCUGUGAGAACUUUUUCCCUCUCUUUUGCCCCAGUGGGCUUGGCAGGAUCAUUCCUGUGUGCAAAACAAUUCAACCAUCUCUUCUUCAAGUUCAGGACUUUCCUGUCAGCAGAACCACUCUGAUGACAUCCAACAGCCACUGAAUGUAUCCACUGAGCAUGUUUAAGGAUGAAGUGGUAACAAGAACAUCAGCAGCAAAAAUGACUUUAAAUCCUGUGGAAAUCAAUUUAAAUCUUGUUUCCUUGAGAGUGAGCAAUAAAAAAGCAU